AUUAAUUUUAAUUAAGUACGGUACAUAACGUUGAACUAGGCCUGAAUAAAAUUCAAAAAAUGUACCAAGAGGGCUGUCUUUGUGAAUCACCAACUAUCGAGAAUCUAAAGACCACAACAGAUUCUCUUAACUUCGAAGUUGUUGAUCGAGUCAGUGGAUCCCAGGAACUGGUCAUGUUAAACGAUUUUACGCAUGAAAUUAAUGACUAUAAUCUUAGGAAGACUAUAGAACAGAGAGUAUCCGAUGUGUCAUCUUGGUGCUGGGUUCUAGAAGAUCUCGUAAAACGCCUAGAAGAUUCUCUGGAUGCUCUGGAUCAUGAGAGGAACGCCGUCGAAGUGGUCACCAAGCGGUUAGAGGAUGAAGUACAGCAACUCUCCCUGAAGGCCACUAGGCCAGGCGCUCUUGCACCAAUAGUCGACUGCGUUGAGAAAGCUAUUAAACAGGAACACGACUUUCUUCGCGAUCAGAAAAAAGAAUUCGAACAGAUAUUACUCGAAGUUGACAAAGAAAUAGCAAAAGUGAAAAGAUGUAAAAGUAAAAUAUCAAAAGACGCGCUUGAGAAGAAGCAAGCAUUAGCAAUAGAUAAGAUGUGCGCUGAGAAAGAUUAUUCUGAUGCAGUCGUAGAAGAAUGGAAGAAGAAAAAGAAAAGAGAAUAUCCUUUGCGACGAUGGUUAAGCCGCUGCGCAUCGGUAAAAAGGGUUGGACUUAAAUGUCUCUGCAGUGCUUUGAUUACGAGACAACAGAUACGAGGGGCCAGGUUACAGCUGUCGAUCGCCGCCCAAAUGUAUGCGGCUCGCGUAGACGCGGCUCUACGAAGACGGCUUCAUCAAAAUCAAAUCAAGCUACAGGACUUAAGCUGGCGGAAAGACGAGGCCCAAAAAGACUAUGAAACCUUGGAUGCAGAAUUGGUUGCCUCCGAAAGCAGAUUAUUACAAACACUGGACAUGGAAAGAGUUGCUAACGCCAGGAUUGCUGAUCGUUUCAACAGGCCAAGCCAAGAGCGAAUCCUAGACAAGGUAGAUUCCAAGCUUCGAGAUGAAAGGAGACAACUGCAGCUAUAUACCAAGGAAUUGAGGAGCAACAUAAAGAGAAUAUUAUCAUUACAAGACAGUUUAAAAGGGACGAUCAUGGAUAUAAGUUGCGUUGAAGAAGACUUAUUGCAUGUCGUGAAAUUAGACGAAUAUAGAAUAGAGGCAAGACAAACCACUUACAAUGUUGAUGCCAAGCCCAAUGAAGUUAGCACCAGACAGAUGUAUUUCACAUUACCCGUUAUACAGGAAGAAGAUGAUUAUGACUACCCAUUUGAUGAAUGAGAC